AUGAGUUGGAUCAUCAAGAGCAAUUUUUUGCCUCUUCAUUUUUGCAAGGACGCAGAAACACGCAGAUACACUAAUCUAGAGCGCAUCAUCCAAGAGACGCUGUACCACGUGUUAGAGAGCGUGACGCGUCACGUAGAGGCGGCACUCAAGGUCGGCAUGCCGGAGCGGCACGGCAUGAUAAUCGACGGGUGGUCGUUUAGCUCGGAGCACUAUCUGGCCGUGUCCUGCUGCUUUAAAAUGGCAGGAACAGCACAAUACCCGCUGCUGGCCAUGGCACUACUGGUGAACUACCGGAUGGAUGACCACUCCGCAGCGACCCACCUGACGUUUCUACGUGAGAUGCUGAUGCGGGACUAUAACAAGCGUGUAGAGGACUGCCUGUUUAUUGUAUGA